CGGAGUCUUGCGUCUGUUCCCAUAGUGCUUUGCUCGCAGGUGUCAUGGCGGCUCUCUAGUCAGUAUCAGUGCGGGUGUUUAUUAUUGUUAACAAAGCGCUUUAAUUCUCCUUCAGAGGUAUGUAACAAAUCUUAAGGGUUGUCUGACUUGAUCGCGGACGCACUAAAACCUCUUCAGGACAUCUCGAGGACUUACAGAAGCAGUUUAUUUAAUCAUAAGCUAAGAUACGCUAGCAUCUGCUUUGAAACGAAGACUAUGAGCACACAGUACAGUAUACUAUUCAAGCAGGAGCAUGCUCAUGAAGAUGCCAUCUGGACGGCGGCAUGGGGUCGCAGCGAGAAAGAUGGGUCAGAAACCAUUGUGACCGGCUCUUUGGACGACCUGGUAAAAGUGUGGAAAUGGUCGGAUGAAAAGCUGGAGCUGCAGUGGACGCUAGAGGGUCACCAGCUGGGCGUGGUGUCGGUGGACAUCAGUCAGAACGGAGCGAUCGCCGCCUCCAGCUCUCUUGACGCUCACAUUCGGCUCUGGGACCUGGAGACUGGUAAACAGAUCAAGUCCAUGGACGCAGGCCCAGUUGAUGCCUGGGCGGUCGCCUUUUCUCCUGACUCCAAAUACAUCGCCACCGGCAGCCAUCUAGGGAAGGUCAACAUCUUUGGCGUGGAAAGCGGGAAAAAGGAGCAUUCACUGGACACCAGAGGGAAAUUCAUUCUGAGCAUCGCCUAUAGUCCAGAUGGAAAGCACUUAGCCACUGGUGCAAUAGACGGAAUCAUUAAUAUCUUUGAUAUUGCGACUGGGAAACUCCUGCACACGCUGGAAGGUCAUGCGAUGCCUAUCAGGUCUCUGACCUUUUCUCCAGACUCUCAGCUGCUGGUAACCGCGUCAGACGAUGGCUACAUCAAGAUUUAUGACGUGCAGCACGCUAACCUGGCCGGGACACUCAGCGGUCACGGAUCCUGGGUGCUGAACGUGGCCUUUUCACCCGACGACACGCACUUUGUGUCCAGUUCGUCCGAUAAGAGUGUGAAGGUGUGGGACACAAGCAGCAGAUCAUGUGUGAACACGUUCUUUGAUCAUCAGGACCAGGUUUGGAGUGUGAAAUACAACCCCACGGGCUCAAAAAUCGUCUCUGCGGGUGAUGACCGAGCCAUCCACAUUUAUGACUGUCCGAAAUGAAGCUCCGAUAGCCACACCCACUCAAGACCACAGCAUGCAUGCAAAUGAUAUUUUUAUUUCAUAGUUUCAUUGCAACGUCAACAUCUGUGUAUGGUGAUACAAAUAAACGUUUUUUUUUUUCUAAACACUUGUUGACAGAUUACAUUCCAUGACAUUUUUAGUAAAAAGCAUGAGAUUUAUAUUCAUUUCAGAGUUUAAUUGCUUAUUUUAUGACUUUAAAAUCAAAAUGUUCAAAUUUCCUGAUAUUUCCAGCUCUUUUUUUUAACAUGACUUGAGUGCAAACAUGGCUGUUCCGCCCUCUUCAGGCCACCAAAUGUUACUGCACCACCAUUGUAACAAUUUAUUUUUUUACUGUAUUGUAGCAGGCAUGUAAAAAUAAGUUAUAAUAUAUAAAGAUCUAGAGCAGAACUUGACUGUUGAACCAUA